AAAAAACAUAUGGGAAUUCAUACCGACAAGAUGUCGUACAGUUGUGAGGUAUGCGGGCAGGUUUUCAAACGAAAACCAUAUUUGAAAAGCCACAUGAAAACUCACAACAAAAAUAGGCCACUCUUCAACUGUACUGUCUGCGGCAAAUGCUACCUGAAUUACGACCGGUUGAAUUUACAUAAGAAGAAUCAUGAAAGAAGCUGAAUUACGUGCUAUUAUUUCUGAUGUAUGCUAAUUAUUUAUAUUUUCCAUUAGUUAUAUUCUUUUCCCUUUGUCUUAUUUUAUGUUAUUACUGUCACCUUGCGUUACUCUUAUUAUUGUUAGCGCUUGUUCAUUAGUUAUUGUUUUUUGUCCUAUAUACAAAUAGUUUUGUUCUUUC